UUCAAUUUUAAAUGGUGAGAGUAGACGUAGCAAACUAGUCUAAUCGCGAACUAAACCACUUUAUAUUUUUUGAACGAAAUAGAAAUUGUUGUAGUUUUCUAUAAAUUAUUUUUUAAUAAUCUCCAAAUAGAGCAACGUAUCCACUUAUAUAUAUAACCUUAUCUCUUUUUUUAUUGGAGAAAAAAAAAGUACACUGUGAUAAUUUGAACUCAUAUAUAUACACACUAGUUGUGUGUGCUUGUCUUAAGAAAAAACAAUGGGAUCAAUGGCUCAGAAAUCGGUUUUGAUGUUAUGCGGAGAGUUCAUGGAAGCCUACGAGACUAUAGUACCUCUCUACGUCCUCCAAGCGUUUGGUGUUAGCGUCCACUGCGUUUCUCCUGGUCGCAAAACUGGCGACAAGUGCGUCAUGGCCGCUCACGAUCUCCUUGGCCUCGAGAUAUACACCGAACUGGUGGUUGACCAUCUAACACUAAACGCUAACUUCGAUGGCGUCAUCCCCGACCAAUACGACGCCAUCAUCAUUCCCGGUGGACGUUUCACGGAACUUUUGAGCGCCGACGAGAAAUGCGUGAGUCUUGUUGCUAGAUUCGCCGAACUCAAGAAGCUCAUCUUCACGAGCUGCCACAGCCAGCUGUUUCUUGCGGCGGCAGGUCUGCUCACCGGUGGAAUGAAGUGCACGGCGUUCGAAAGCAUGAAACCGUUUAUCGAGCUCUCCGGCGGCGCAUGGUGGCAACAGCCUGGAGUCCAGACCCUUUUCGAAAUCACUGAUUGUGUCAAGGACGGCAGUUUCAUGUCCACUAUGGGGUGGCCAACGCUUGGCCAUAGUCUCAAAGUUUUGUUAGAAUCACUUGGCUCCAAGAUUUCUAGCUCUAAAGAGAAUCAUCAGACUUCUUUGCUUUUCUUGAUUGGGGAUUGUGUUGAAGAUUAUAGUAUCAACGUACCAUUUAAAGCGUUUCAAGCUUUGGGAUGUAAAGUGGAUGCAGUGACGCCAACCAAGAAGAGAGGUGAGAAAUGCGCUACAAUCGUACACGACCUUGAAGACGGACGGCAACUUCCUACUGAGAAGUUUGGUCACAACUUCUAUGUGACCGUUGCGUGGGAUGAUGUCUCUGUGGAUGAUUACGACUGCAUUGUGGUUCCCGGAGGAAGAUCUCCGGAGCUCUUGGUGAUGAACCCCAAGGCCGUCGAAUUGGUCAGAAAGUUUGUUGAGAAAGGCAAGUUUGUUGCUGCCAUUGGAAUGGGAAAUUGGCUACUUGCCGCCACAGGCGCCCUUAAGAAGAAGAGAUGUGCAAGUAGUUAUGGGACAAAGGUGGCUGUGAAGGUUGCUGGUGGUGAGAUCGUGGAAUCUGAACGGUGCGUGACCGACGACAAGCUGGUCACAGCCGCAUCAACUUCCGAUCUUCCUGCCUUUUUGUAUGCAUUGUCGACUGCACUUGGUCUCUCUGUUGUAUUCUAAUGUCAAGUGGUGCUUUAACGUCUAAUGCCUAAAAAAAUAAAAACAUAUCUUUGUAUGUCGAAAUAUAAGGUCGUCCCUCUAAUUAUUUAUGUACAAGCUUGGAUUUGCAUAUAUAUAUGGGAAGAAGAGUUGCCACACUUGCUUACACCUCUUCUAAUUGUGUUUUUUUAUAAGAAAUUACCACUAUCAAGUUGUCAUUCUCCUCGUUUUACAUUUGGUAAACAAGCUCUAUUGACCAUUUAUGUUGUAACACUACUUCAAGACUAAAGUUGAUUAGAGAUAGCAAAAUCUGUCAC